AUGGAGGCAAUACAAAGACUAGAUCAGAGGAUAGAAGAGCUGCACCAUCUAACACAGCAGCAGCAGCAGCUGCAGCAGCAGCAACAACAAAUGCAGCAGCAGCAACAGCAGCAGCUGCUGCAGCAACAGGAGCAGCUAGCAGAAGCCCUCAAACAGCAGCAGCAGCAGCAGCAGCAGCAGCAGCAACCACCACCACAAGAAACCCCCCCAUUUCCAUCCCCAGCAGCACCAGAAGCAGCAGCAGCACCAGCAGCACCAGCACCAGCAGCAGCAGCAGCAACAGAAGCAGGCGUAGCAGGGGAGGCAGCGAGAGCAGCAGCAGCAGAAACAGCAGCAGCACCAGCAGCAGCAGCAGCAGAAACAGCAGCAGCUCCAGCAGCAGCAACAGCAGCAGCUCCUGCAGCAACAGCUCCACCGAUAAGUACUAGCAGAAGCCCUCAAACAGCAGCAGCAGCAGCAGCAGCAGCAGCAACAGCAACCACCACAAGAAACCCCCCCAUUUCCAUCCCCAGCAGCACCGGAAGCAGCAGCAGCACCAGCAGCACCAGCACCAGCAGCAGCAACAGCAACAGAAGCAGGUGUAGCAGGGGAGGCAGCGAGAGCAGCAGCAGCAGAAACAGCAGCAGCACCAGCAGCAGCAGCACCAGAAACAGCAGCAGCUCCAGCAGCAGCAACAGCAGCAGCUCCUGCAGCAACAGCUCCACCGAUAAGUAUAGAGAACUACAAUUGCGGGGGUAA